UGUGAAUGGACUGACUCCUCGGCGCCUGGACUUCUCUCCGCUCUUCUACUGACUACAAGCGGAACCUGUCGGCCACCGUGUUUAAGAGCGUCCGUGACACGAACACCCGACUCAUCAAGAAGGGCAAAGGGAUAAUGAUGAUGAUAAAAUCUGGACAAACUGGCAAUGGUUCAUCAUGGCAUCCAAGUGUGGAGGCUGUUAUCUUUGAGCACUCAGGCAUCUUGGAUGCUGCUGAAGCUGCUGCUGCAGAGGAGGCCGCGGACGUAGACUCUGAAGGCGAACCGAGGACUUCCACUUCAGCUGGUCCAAGAAGGCGAAGUAUCAAAGAAGGCGAGAUGGACCGAAUGUUACUGCUAAUGCAGGAACGAGCGGAGGAGAGUCGGGCCCACAUGGAAGAACUGCAAAAGUGUAAAGAGCAGCACCCCAGCACAGCUAGGAACGCCUUCGCAGCCUAUGUCCGGGACUCCUUAAACACCAUGUCGGAAUGGAGCUACAGAAAAGCAAAGGAUGAAAUCUGCCGGGUGUUGACAAAGUAUGAAAAUGGGGCUGAAGAGGAUCGGGUCAAGCAACAACAGAAGUUCCAACAGCAGCCACCUCACCACCACACAAAGCCACGACACACUGUCCUGCCUGUCCGAGGACUGCAGCCGCUCCUGUCCUGUCUUUCUACAAACACAUCUGAAGUCCAGCAGCUGGGGGACACGUUGAAACUACAGUGGACACCUGCUGAUGAAGGAAUGAUCACAGACCAGGAAGAAGAAAUGAGUCAUUUAAAAGAAGAGAACAAAAGAGGUAAAGGGCAGGAUGCUGUUUUUAAUCCUUUAAAUCUCUUCUACAGAACAGGUUUGUUCACUCAGCUUUGUUUGUGUUACUGAUAUACUGAUGCUUUUUCUCAGGAAAAAAAUUCUCCACCAAUGGCGUAACACAGUUGUUGUUAAACUCCACCUCUGUUAAAGGUUUCUCAUGUUUAAUGAUGAACUCGGCCACUUCCCAGUCUGAUUUGGUGAUGUUUUCAUGAUGUGUCCACUUGAGGUAAGUGGCUCUGCAGCCUUGUUGAAAACAGUCUGAUCUCAGAACUGCCUCAGUUUCCGGACUCGUCUGACUGUUUUCCAAAACUGCUUUGAGGCCGACUGAAAGUCACUUUCUGUGGGCUGUUUCCUCUCACACCCACUCAGUUUUUGCUAAAACAACCAAUGAGUUUCUGAGGAAAAUCAAGA